CACAUGGCCAGUAUGAGUGAAAGGCUAAACUUGGAACCAAGUCUUACUGGCUUAGUUAGAGGCCAGUUCUUCGAAGGUACUUUAGAAAUCAUCUAUUCCAACUCUCUCAGAUUUUAAAGGAGGAAAUUGUGAUCCACAGAGGGAAAGUGACUUGCCCAGGGAAACAUAGGUAAUGAUGGCAAAUCUAAGAUCUGAACCCAAGUCUUCUGACUUCAGAUCUAGUGUUGAUUCCAUUACCCCAUCCCCCAUCUCUUCCCCAUUCCCUUGUCUUUUUUUCUCUGUUUCCUUCCAUGUCCCCCCCCCCCUUCAUGUAAAAUCAUAGAAUCUUAGAGCUGGAACAGAACUUGGAAAUCCACAACCCCAUAUUUUACAGAAGAGGAAACUGAGGUCCAGAAAGAGGAGAUUUUGUAGGUAGGUCUCCAUGAUGGAUGGUUCUCAGAAAAAAGCUCUAGAGGAACAGAGGCCUCUCCACAUUGUUACCCCUCUCCUGGAAAGCUGGAAGCUCUCCAUGGCUGCAGGCACCACUGUCUUCCUGAAGCUCGAGAAUGUCCAGCCCACUGGCUCCUUCAAGAUUAGGGGCAUAGGACGUCUCUGCCAGGAGGUGGCCAAGAAGGGUUGCAAACACUUUGUGUGUCCCUCAGGGGGAAAUGCAGGUGUGGCUGCUGCUUAUGCUGCCAGAAAUCUGGGCAUCCCGACCACCGUUGUGCUGCCCAAGGGAGCCAACUCAACUCUGCUUCAGAGGCUGGAGAGGGAAGGGGCUGAGGUGCUGAUGGUGGGGAAGGUGUGGGAUGAGGCCAAUCUGAAGGCCCAGGAGAUGGCCAAAACAGAUGGUUGGGUCAAUAUUCCCUCCUUUGACCACCCAAUGAUCUGGGAAGGCAAUGGCAGCAUAGUUCAUGAACUGAAGGAUACUCUGGGUACCCGGCCUGGUGUCAUCAUCCUCUCCGUAGGGGGCGGGGGCCUCCUGGCUGGUGUGGUGGCAGGAAUGAAGCAGGUGGGCUGGCAGGAUGUGCCCAUCAUCGCCAUGGAGACCCGGGGGGCUGACAGCUUUAACCAAGCCGUCCAGGCUGGGAGACUUGUCACCUUGCCUGACAUUACCAGCAUGGCAAAAAGUCUGGGUGCCAAGACAGUGGCUGCCCGGGCUCUAGAGUGUACCCGUGAGUGCCAGAUCAUCUCAGAAGUGGUAGACGAUGAAGAAGCUGUCGAGGCCAUUGAACGCUUCCUUGAUGAUGAGAGGAUGCUGGUGGAACCAGCCUGUGGGGCUGCACUAGCUGCCAUCUAUUCAGGCUGCCUGGGUCGUCUCCAGGCUGAGGGCCGCCUCAGCCCCUCACUGGGCUUCAUUGUGGUCAUCGUGUGUGGUGGGAACAGCAUUCAUCGGGCUGAGCUGAAGGAACUCCAAGCCCGGCUGGGGAGGAGCUGAGUGGCCCCGCCCUGGGAGGCUCUACUUGGGUAGGAUUAAACUCUCCAUCAGACUCCUUGGUGCUGAAAUGAUGCUGUCAGCAAGUGCCCCUGGAGAAAGUGACAUUUGUAGCCCUGCCCUCCUCCUGGAAGCCUUCCAUGAUUGCUCUAAUCCCCAAUAUUUCUCUCUUCUCUGUUUUCUGUUUUUCUUUUUUGGUUUGUUUUUGUUUUUGUUUGUUUGUUUGUUUGUUUGUUU